AUGGCUUUCCUUCCUCCUUGGGCCGGGGUACUAGUUUAUUUCUUUUGUGUUUCUUUAGCAGGAUCUGACUUCUCAGAUCUGUAUCCCCCACUGUGGUUGAAGAGUCCUGGUCAGUUCAGUGACUACAGGGUAGAGAAUGGAAAGUACAUUAUCGAUCCCUGGGUAUACUCGGAGAGAAUGGGGAUGUAUAAAAUCCUAGUGAACAAGACAGCCAGUUAUUUUGAAAACUUUGUACCAGACAAUGAACAAAAUAUUUUAUGGGGAUUACCUCUCCAGAAUGGCUGGCAAUUUAGAACAGGAAGAUUAGCUGAUCCCAGACGAAGGAAAGACUGUGGCUAUGAAUCUGGAGAUCUUUUGUGUAUCUCUGUGGACAGUUGGUGGGCUGAUAUGAAUUACUUUCUAUGUGCAUUACCCUUCCUUGCUGCGGUUGAUUCUGGCAUAAUGGGGAUAUCAUCAGACGAAGUCAUGCUUUUGCCACCACCCAAGGAUCAGACAAAUUUCUGUCUUAAUGUUUCUAGUUGUCAGUCAUCCUUUCCUGAAAUAAUGAGCAAGUGGAAUGCCUUUUACCAGCAUUUACAGUAUCCUUCCAGUAGCUUUGAAGACCUAUUGAAGUACUUGUGGGCUGCACAUGCCUCAACCCUGGAAAAUGCUGGCAAAAUAUUUGAAGAUAGGCUGGAGUAUUAUUCUAAACCAGAAGCAGACUUUGGAAGAAAUUGGUGUGUGGCUGUGGAAUACUUGGCUGCAUCCCUCUUUCCUACAACUUUGAUUAUUACACAUGAAUUCCAGAAAGGCCUGCCACCACGGAUGCUUGUUAACAGGGAUAGAGCCCCUUUCAUCAGCGACUUUACUGACUUUCAAAACACUGUCCUGCUUGUUCUAAGUUUUCUUCCCAGAUUGGAUAACUCUUCAGGUUUAUUGUCAUUGACUGGAUGGAAAUUUUUAAUGAAGACACAGGAUGCAAGAAAGGAAGUUCUAGAGCUUUUUGAAAUAAUUCUUGAAAUCUUUAAUCCAAAAUUUCGGUAUAUUCCUAAUAUUUAAUUAAUGAACUAAAAAUGAACAAUUCUAAUUUGUUGAGAAACAGUAAUUUCAAAAUUUUAAUGUGAUCAUAACCAUACAGUUUUCUUAUUUCUGAUAUUUUUGAUUUGUGCUCCUUUGUUAGGAUUUUAUCUAUGAAUUCUAACUUUAAAUUUAAAUUAAUGCAGGGCACUUGGGUAGCUCAGUCGGUUAAGCGUCCGACUUCGGCUCAGGUCAUGAUCUCAGGGUCUGUGAGUUUGAGCCCCGAGUCGGGCUUUGUGCUGACAGCUCAGAGCCUGGAGCCUGUUUCAGAUUCUGUGUCUGCCUCUCUCUCUGCCGCUCCCCCACUUGCGCUCUGUCUCCCUCUGUCUCAAAAAUAAAUCAACAUUAAAAAAAAAAUAAAAUAAAUAAAAUAAUUUAAAUUAAUGCUAUGAUGAUUGUGCUCAAUUAAUAAUUCUUGAUUUUUAAAUUUAUCAAUACUUAAAAUAUUUUGGCUGUAAAGAAAAUUAUAUUAAGGAAUCAUAAAUCACUGUGAAUCAAUAAACAGACAUUAAAUUUAUAUGCCUCUUUUGUUGUUAUCCUAUGUAACCCAAUUUCAUGAAAUUUAGAGCAAUAUGUCUUGCUGAUUUAUGACCAAAAUCCAGAACAUUUUAAAAUUAAAU